ACAGAGCAACAGGGCGAAACAGGGAGCAAAUGAUGGAAACACUUAUCUGCUUAUCUGCUGUACUUGCAUUGUGUCCCGUCUCUUCCCUCGAUGCUCGCCACUACCACUAUGUCUAUGAGGAGAAGAACUGGACUGAAGCUCAGAGUUACUGCAGAGAAAAGUACACAGACCUGGUUACUAUGGAAACCAUGGAGGAUGUGAAGAUGCUGAAUGACCUGGCGGAUACAAGCAAACUGAAAGCUGAUCAACUGGUCUGGAUCGGGUUGUACGAUGACAUGAACAGCUGGAGGUGGUCGAUGUCUGACAGAAAGGAGACAGAGUUCACAAACUGGCAAAGUGGGGAGCCAAAUAAUCUCGAUGGUUACGAAUACUGUGUCGAAACUGACCCUUAUGCUGUCUGGAAUGAUAAACCUUGUUUUGCAGCCAAUAAACCAGUGUGUGCUGAUGUCACAGGGCAGACAGUGACAUUUGUCUUCAUCAACAUCACCAUGAACUGGACCGACGCUCAGCACUACUGCAGAGAACACCACACAGACCUGGCCAGUGUGAGGAACAUGAUAGAGAACCAGAAGAUAAAGGGUGUGAUACCUGCUGGUGAAUAUGUCUGGAUUGGUCUUUUUAGAGACUCCUGGAAGUGGUCGGAUGGAAGUAAACUCUCAUUUAUGAACUGGAAUAAAGAUGAACCAGAUAACUCAGGAGAGAAUGACACAUGUGCAGCAGCAGGCGUGAAGAACUCUGGGAAAUGGGAGGAUGGGAACUGUGUCAUCAAGAGACCAUUUAUUUGCUACAGAGCUGUUCCAAAGCAAGUGGUGAGACUGAAGUUGAUAAAACCCUCCUCUCUGGACCUGAAGGACCCCAUUGUCCUGGAACACAUGUUGGAUCAGCUCAAACAGAAGCUGAAGGAGCAGGGAGUGAAUGGAGACGUGAAACUCAGCUGGAGGAAGCAGUCGGAUGGAAACAUCUUCUACAAGGAGAAGACAGAGGAAGAGAAGACCACCCCAAACAAAAAUGAACUUUGAAUUUGAAUUUACUUUCUAAAAUUUCUGAUCUAUUUUGAAACUAUUUUGUUUGAGUCUUUAAUUUGUGGGAUUGUUUGUAGGAUUAACCCUGUUAUUAAUUAGAAGCUUUUCAUAACAUAAUUGUUCUCCAUUGUACUUAUACUUUGUUGUGCUUGUCUGCCCUGGGGGUCAUGUUUUGGGUCUCUGGAAAGCACCUAGAGACAACUUAUGUUGUAUUAGACGCCUAUAUAAAUAAAAUUGAAUGGAA